AUGCAGAACCAAGCAUGCUGGCAAAAUGCCGCUUGCGAGCCAGUCGAACUGGGACCCGCUGGCCUCUACGAACCCGGGCCUGGGCAGAUCCUGGUCAAGAACAAAUGCAUCGCCUUCAGUCCCAUCGACUUCAAGGAUCAACGUUUCCAGGUCCACCCCAAAAGAUACCCGGCUAUCUUGGGCACUUCCUUUGCUGGCGACGUGCUGGCAGUCGGUCCCGAUGUUAUUGAGUUCCAACCGGGCGAUCGCGUCGCUGUCAAUCGUGCCGACCGCACCCUCAGUGACCCCGCCCAUGGGGUCUAUCAGAGAUACGCGUUGGCAUCGGUCGAGACGACCACCCGCAUUCCCGAGCGGACCAGCUUGGAAUCCGCGGCGGCUAUCAUGAUCAACCUGACGACCAUGGUCGCCGCGCUGUCGCACCACAUGGGCCUUGCACGCCCGCCUACGGACGGCGAUGGGAUUGCCCCGCGCAACGGCCUGCGCAUCCUCAUCUACGGCGGCUCAUCUAGCUGCGGUGGUUUGGGCACGCGAUACGCCUCCGACGCGGGUUACAGUGUCGUCACCACCUCGUCGCCGCAGAACCGUGCCUUCGUCGAGACGCUGGGCGCGACGCACAUCAUUGAUCAUUCUCAGCCGGAGGGAGACAUCGUGGCGGAGUUCAAGGGCCAUGGCCCUUACCAUGCUGUUAUUGACUGUGUCAGUCUGCCGCCCAGCUUCAAGAUUCUGUGUCGGCUGCUGGGGGAGACGGGCGGGGUACUGUAUGGCUUGCAUCCCACGAAAGGACCCCGGUUUCAGUUUGAAUUUCCGCCGCAAGUGGAAUACCGCUAUUUCCCUAUGGCGUGGGCGCUGGAGGAAGAGGCGAAUCGGGACUUGCGGGAAUGGUAUUAUCAGCGAUAUCUGCCGUGGGGGUUGUCAUCGGGACGCAUCGUGCCUACUCGCCAUCGCGUGGUCGAGGGUGGGUUGGAGAAUGUGCAGAAGACGCUAGAUAUUCUGGCGACAGGAGGGGUCAAUGGCCAUAAGCUGGUCAUGCAUCCAUAA